AUGAUCACGGACUCGCUCUGUAACGUCUCUCAGGCUCUAACGAUCGGUGUCUCUCGUGGAUACAAUAGCGAUGAUGAUACGGGACCAAGUGUGGUUGAUAGAGUGAUCGAUAAGGCCUUAGGAUCUGGUUUCAUAUCAGUUGUUGUUGGUAGCUUUGCCAAGAAUCUCGUUCUUGGACUUUACUCUAACGAGAAUGGUGUGGAGUGUGAUUGGGUGAGCUUGCUUUGCGAUGAGAAGUGUAGAGAGGUUUUAGCUGAUUGCAUCCAGAGAUUCACCAGCACUGCAGUCUCUGUGUACCUCGAUAAGACCAUGGACAUCAACGCUUAUGAUCAGAUCUUCCAAGGCUUGACUAAUCCUAAACAUCAGGAUAGUGUUAAAGACGUUCUUGUUUCGGUUUGUAACGGUGCUCUCCAGACUCUUGUCAAGACGUCUCAUGAUGUCUUUACUUCGAGGUCUAGUGCCGUGAUGGAAGAAGAAGAAGAAGACGAGUUCAAGACGUCUCAUGAUGUCUUUACUUAG